CCUAACGUGUUGUGUGAUGAAUCAGUGAGAGUGAGAGGAGCUGCUGAAGCUUCCUCCUCUUCAGAUGCUGAAGUGCUGUUUUCCCUCUUUAAUGUUCAGAUGAGCUGAACAAACAUGGAGCUUCUUCCUCUCGUGUGUCUCUGUCUCCUGACUUGGUCUGGAACAACGUUUGCUGAUGGAAACGGUCCAGGUGUCGUGACUGUGGCCGUGGCAGAAGGGAGUGAAGCUGUUUUACCCUGUUCCCUCAGCACCAGGCAGAACAUCGAGCAGAAGGUGUUUGACUGGAAGAAAGAUGUGAAGAAGGAGGUGUUCCUGUACGCUGCUGGCCAGCAUUACAACAAGGGCCGAACAGGUCAAGACGAACAGUUCAAAGGACGAGUUUUCAUUUUGAAGAUGAGCUGAAGAACGGCAACGCCUCCAUAAAGAUCCACAAUACAAAGAUGGCCGACAGCGGAAGUUACACCUGUACUUUCCCUAAUACAGCAGAACCAGAAUCCCACGUUAAACUUGUUGUAGGUGCAGCUCCAGAACCAUCUGUUGCAACACUUAAUCAAACAAUAGACUGGGCUCUGCUGCAGUGUGUUGUUCGAGGAGCUUCUCCCAAACCUAAAGUAGAGUGGCAGGACGGUUCUGGAAACAUCCUUCCUGCUGAGGAACCACAGGUCUCUGAAAGAGGAGGACGUUACGACAUCAUCCUCCAAACUACUGUGACCAAGACUGACCGCUAUCGCUGUGUCGCCACACAGGAGGAAAUCAACCAUCAGGUUCAUUCUGAUACCUAUGUGCUUAUGAAUGACCGAAGAGAAGAAAACAACUCAGGUGAGUCCUGAUUCUCUACAUUAUGAUUAAAUGAACAUUGUGACAUUAUCAGCUUCAUAAAAGUCGACUUUACAGUGGAACAGUUGAAUUGGAUUGCAGUAGAUUGUACGUGUGUCUGUACCUAAUAAAGUGCACACUGAGUCUGUCACUGACACAGUUCAGCCCUGAUAACACAAUCUUCCUACUAAUGAAGAACACGUGUCAGAAAGAGGAGGAUGCUGCAACAUGAGCCUCCUCACUACUGUGAGCAAAACCAGAACCAAGCUCUGAGCUGAGCAGCCGAGCAGGAGGAGAGUGGACAGAAGAUGGAGGCUGACAUCACUGUGCUGCUCACAUUCAUCCCACUGCUGUUUUUAUCUGCUGAGAGUUUGAGAUUCUAGGAGCAUGGACACAGUUAGUUGUUGUCUUUGUGAAGGCUGUGAUGUCCAACCUGCUGCACAUGAUCUGCUGUUACACUCUGAGUCUGACAUUCACUUUAUCCUCAUCUGUUUCAGAGAGUCUCACUGGAUUGAUUGUUACUGUUGCAGUGUUUGGGACUCUUCUUUUUGUUGGUGUUGUCAUUCUAGUUGUGCUCGUGAAGAUGGGUCGCA